UUAAUUAUUAAAAGAUAGGAAUAAAAUGCUCGCAAAUAUCAGGGUUCUCAGUAAAUUGCUUUAAUUUAUUUUUAAAUUUUUAUUGUCACUCAAUAAAAGGUCUAAAACAACUACCAACACUUCCUCUCUUCCUCUCGUCCCUGUUUUCCCUCUAUUUCUUGCUUCUCCAGUCUCUCCAGAAAACCUAUUCUGGGCUUUUCCCUCUCUUCUUGUUUGUUUUUUUGGGUUUAAUCUUUGUGGUGUUGGACGGGUUUUGAGCAGUUCGAAGCGUGCGCAUGAUUUAAUCGCAUGGGUUCAAAUCAAUCUGCGUCGUGUUUUAUAUUUGGGGACUUUGUCAGAUUCCACAAAGGAAAAAAAAUCAAAAUGGGUUUUGUGUCUUUGUUCGUAUCUGAUGUGUUCCAGUAACUUUACCUUUUAGACUGUCUCUUAGAUCUGUUUGCUGCUGUGCUUGAUCCACUGCUUUAUUCCCUCUUUAACACUCCUUCUCAAGGUCAGAUCAUCACAUUUUAUGCUACACAACUAUUACUUUAGCUCUGCAUAGUUCUUUUUUUUUUCCCUUCAAUUUUAAUUGCUGAUAGCAUCGGUUCUGUUACUCUGGCUGAAUAGCUAAGCUGGAAGUUUUUGCUGCUUUAAAUAUAAACGGGGUGUAGUUCGUUUUACAUCGGGGGUUCUGGGUUUUAAUGCUUGGAGCAUGAGAAUUUGAUGAUGUAUAGUUACUUGAAAAGUUAUAAGGUGGUUGGGGUUUUUAAUGGGUUUUUGAGAUUUUGUUUAAUUUUUUUUCAUUUUCUAUAUCCUUAUGGUGCAAAGUGAGAUAAGCCCUCCGUAACAGAGGUCCUGUAUCUCUUUUUCGUGAGGUAUAUGUUUGCAAAAUGGGUAACGGCACUUCUCGUGUUGUGGGUUGUUUUGUGCCGUUUAAUGGCAAAAAUGGUGUUGAUUUAGAAUUUUUGGAGCCGCUGGAUGAGGGAUUAGGCCAUUCGUUUUGUUAUGUUAGGCCAUCGAUUUUUGACUCUCCUGCCAUUACUCCUUCAAACUCUGAGAGGUUUACAGUUGAUUCUAGCACCCUAGAUUCGGAAACUUUAAGUGGGUCAUUCAGACACGAGACAAUAGAUGAUCCCUCUGGUUUACAUAGGCCAAACAAGACUUUCCCUGAAACUACAUUUAAGACCAUAUCGGGGGCAUCAGUUAGCGCCAAUGUUUCAACUGCUAGGACUGGAAAUCAGAGUGCAUUGUUUGCUAGUGACAUGCAAGAGCCUGCUGCAUCAUUUGAGAGCACCUCCUCAUUUGCUGCUAUCCCUUUGCAGCCAGUGCCUCGUGGCUCUGGACCUCUGAAUGGAUUUAUGUCUGGGCCCCUUGAAAGAGGUUUUGCUUCUGGUCCUUUGGACAGGGGCAGUGGUUUUAUAUCUGGACCAAUUGAGAAGGGGGUAAUGUCCGGUCCUCUUGAUGCUGCUGACAAAUCCAACUUUUCUGCUCCCCUUGCACGUGGUCAUAGAAAACCCCGCUUUCAGCGCCUAGUGAGAAGGGUGAGUGGACCAAUGAAAAAUACACUAUCUCGGACAUUCUCAAAACAUUCAAUUGGGGCAGGUUGGAUGCAGAGGUUUUUCUUGCAUCCAGUGGUCCAAUUGGCCUGGCAUGUUAAGGAGUCAAAGCUUCGACCAGAAGCUUCACAAAAUCUCGAAGGAGGAUCAUCAGAAGGGGAGUAUGUGAAUAGUCAUAACUUGCAAUGGGCCCAUGGGAAGGCCGGUGAGGAUAGGAUUCAUGUUGUGCUUUCUGAAGAGCAAGGAUGGUUGUUUAUUGGGAUAUAUGAUGGCUUUAGUGGUCCAGAUGCACCGGAUUUUCUCAUGAGCCAUCUUUAUAGAGCUAUAGAUAAGGAAUUAGAAGGGGUGCUAUGGGAUUAUGAAGAUAAAUCUGUAAAUGGUCCAAUAGAACCUGAACUUUCCAAGUGCAUAAAUGCUGAGGCUGGUUCCGAGUGUGGGAAGGAAAACCAGCCAAAUUUGAGUCAAGUAACUUCUCAUGGUUUAGAAGAAUCAUGCAAUCCAGUAGUUUUCAGGGAUCAAUCUUCGAAUUGUGAAAUAGUAGAGGAACGUGAUGAUGAUGUUAGUAGCAGUCAACAGCAAUCAUCUAAUUGUAAAAAGCCUAGCAUCACAGGCUUUGUUUCUGCUUCUGUUCCAACUGCCAACUUGACUGGCCAAGGAAGGAAAAGUAUGCGACUGUAUGAGCUGCUACAAAUGGAAGCGUGCUAUGAGCUAGGUUCUGUUUCAACGUCACUGGUUGAAAGUGAACAGAGUAAUAUGUGGAGUUGUCAGUCAAGUUCAGAUCCUAUGGAUUCCAGACUGACUUUACAAGAACAGCAAAGAUCUUGUACAUUGAACAAUGGCAAUGGGGAUGGUUCUAUUCAACAAGUUGAAGAUCCCUCGACAUCUGGAGAGGAUGGAGAGAAUGGGUUUGAAUCUAGUAAUCCAGAAAUAGCAACUGAUCAUUCUGUUUCAAUGCAACGACAGAAUACGAGAAAGUCUAUUAUUAGUUCAAAGAUCAGAAAAAUGUAUAGGAAGCAGAAGUCCUUGCGUAAGAAACUCUUUCCUUGGAGUUAUGAUUGGCAUAGAGAGGAGAUCUGUGCUGAUGAGAGAGUUGUAGAACCUCCCAGACCUAUCAGGAGAUGUAAAUCAGGAGUUGUUGAUCAUGAUGCAGUUUUAAGAGCAAUGUCUCAAGCACUUGAACGCACUGAAGAGGCAUAUAUGCAGAUGGUGGAAAGGACCCUUGAUAAAAAUGCAGAGCUUGCUUUGAUGGGAUCUUGUGUUCUUGUGAUGUUAAUGAAGGAUCAAGAUGUGUAUGUUAUGAACCUUGGGGAUAGCCGAGCAAUCUUGGCACAGGAGAGGCCGAAUGAUCGCCAUCCAAAUCCAAGUUUAGCCAAGGAUGACAUAAGGCACAGGAACAGAUCCAGAGAGUCAUUAGUACGCAUGGAGCUGGACAGAAUUUCUGAGGAGUCCCCAAUGCAUAAUCAAAAUAGUCAGGUUAAUAUGAUCAACAAAAAUAGAGAGAUCUCUAUUUGCAGAUUGAAGAUGAGGGCAGUUCAACUUUCCACAGAUCACAGCACGAGUAUUGAACAGGAAGUGUUUAGAGUAAAGGCAGAACAUCCUGAUGACAACCAAGUCAUUUUGAAAGAUCGAGUGAAGGGGCAGUUAAAAGUAACCAGAGCAUUUGGUGCUGGAUUUCUGAAGAAGCCAACUUGUAAUGAAGCUCUUUUAGAGAUUUUUCGGAUCAAUUAUGUGGGAACUAAUCCAUAUGUUAGCUGCAUUCCUUCUGUCGUUCACCAUCGACUUUCCUCAAGUGAUCGAUUCUUGGUUCUUUCCUCUGAUGGGCUUUACCAGUACUUCAGCAAUGAAGAUGUAGUUGCCCAUGUCACGUGGUUCAUGGAAAAUGUACCUGAAGGUGAUCCUGCGCAAUAUCUCAUUGCAGAGCUUCUCUUCCGUGCUGCCAAAAAGAAUGGAAUGGAUUUUCACGAACUGCUUGACAUUCCUAAUGGAGAUCGGCGUAAAUAUCAUGACGAUGUCUCUGUCAUGGUUGUUUCUCUGGAGGGAAGGAUCUGGAGAUCAUCAGGAUAAUUGUUUUCUCAUGUGCAUAUUGCCUUCACAAUGUAACCAUUUCGAAGCAAGGGGAAUCAUCUAUGCAUUCCAGAUUUAGAAUCAGCCAUGGCAUUCUUGACAAUUUUUUUUCCCUUUUUUAACUUGGGAUGGUAAGAUGUUAAUCAAAAAGUUAUUUUGCCAUCCCGUCUUUCCCUUUGAAUGUUCAUUCCCCUGGGGGUCAAAGUUUUGCAUCUA